GGAUCAGUGCAGCUCAGUCUCAGCUCACAGGUUUUGGGAGUGUGUGUCUGUCACAGGUGGCAGGACACUCUAUCAGUCCUGACAGAGGAAACUUACAGAUAAGAAUUUAUCUUUGCUGUCACCAAGCUUUUCUGUCAAAAUGACUUCGCAGUUGCUUGCCAACAUUAGUAGGAAGCCAGGUUUGCAGAUAUGGUCCAUCGAGAAAAUGGAAAUGGUUCCACUUCCCGAGAAAGCUUAUGGGAGCUUCUUUGAAGGUGACUGCUACAUUAUUUUAUCUAUCAAGCAGACAUCUACAGGUACAAAAAGUGAUAUCCACUACUGGAUAGGAAAAGACUCCACUCAGGACGAACAAGGGGCAGCUGCAGUCUACACAUCACAACUGGACGAGGCAUUGGGGGCUAGCCCAAUCCAACACAGAGAGGUGCAAGGAUAUGAAUCAGCCGCGUUUAAAAGUUACUUCAAGAAUGGAGUUAUCUACAAGAAAGGAGGAGUUGCCUCAGGAUUCAAACAUGUGGAAACAAAUAUGUACAAUAUUCGGCGUCUGCUUCAUGUGAAGGGCAGGAAACAUGUCUCCGCUUCAGAGGUUGACAUGUCAUGGAACAGUUUCAAUAAAGGGGAUGUUUUCCUGCUAGACCUGGGGAAAGUUAUCAUCCAAUGGAAUGGGCCAGAAAGCAACAAGACAGAAAGGAUACGGGCCUGUGCCUUGGCACAGAGUAUCAGAGAUGAUGAGAGGGGAGGUAGGGCACAGAUCGGGGUUAUAGACAAUGAGCAAGAGUCCCCUGACCUGAUGCAGAUUAUGACGGCUGUGCUGGGGGCUAGAAGUGGGGAACUGAAAGAUGCCAUUGCGGAUGAUAAGCCGGAUGAGCAACAGAAAUCAAAUGUCAGACUCUAUCAUGUUUUUGAAAAAAACGGGGAUUUAGUAGUACAAGAAAUUGCAACAAAACCUCUUACCCAGGAUCUGCUUCAGCACCAAGACUGCCACAUCCUGGAUCAAGGAGGAGUAAAGAUUUUUGUCUGGAGAGGUAAAGACUCCAGUGCAGAAGAGAAGAAGGCAGCUUUCAGCCGAGCAGUAGGGUUCAUCCAAGCCAAGGGCUACCCUGCUACUACUAAUGUGGAGGUAGUGAAUGACGGAGCUGAGUCUUCUAUGUUCAAACAAUUAUUUCAGAACUGGAGGGAUUUUGGAGAGACACAAGGAAUUGGAAAGACAUACAAUGUGGGGAAGAUUGCCAAGGUGGAUCAAGUUAAAUUCGACAUUAACCAGUUGUAUGCCAGACCAGAGUUAGCAGCAGAACAGAGGAUGGUGGAUGAUGCUUCUGGCAAUGUGCAGAUCUGGAGAGUGGAAAACCUGGAGCUUAAAGAAAUCGAUCCAAAGAUGUAUGGAAGAUUCUAUGGAGGGGAUUGCUACUUAGUGCUUUAUACUUACAUUAAAUCUGGGAAACCAAAUUACUUCCUAUACAUGUGGUUGGGCCGCCAUGCUACUCAAGAUGAGAUCACGGCAUGUGCUUUUCAUGCAGUAGAACUGGACCGAAAGUACAAUGAUCAGCCAGUUCAAAUACGAGUGACCAUGGGGAAGGAGCCAAAACACUUCCAAGCGAUCUUCAAGGGAAAGAUGAUCAUAUACGAGGGAGGAACAAGGCGAACUAAUAAAGUCGAACCAGAGCCUCCUAUCAGACUAUUCCAAGUCAAAGGAACUGAUGACUUCAACACAAAGGCUACAGAGGUCCCGGCCAGAGCAGCUUCUCUUAAUACCAAUGACGUCUUUGUGCUGAAGACUGACUCUGUGUGCUAUCUAUGGUGUGGAAAGGGUUGCAGUGGAGAUGAGCGAGAAAUGGGAAAGACUGUGGCCAGCAUAAUCUCCAAGCAGGACAAACAAACCAUCCUUGAGGGUCAGGAACCGAAUGAAUUCUGGGUGGCUCUGGGAGGAAAGGCUCCUUACACAAAUGAUAAAAGAUUCCAGGAGACUGUGAUGCGGUAUAAGCCCCGCCUCUUUGAGUGUUCCAAUCAGACGGGUCGGUUCAUCAUGACGGAGUUGGUAGACUUCGAUCAGAGUGACCUUGAUGAGGAUGAUAUUAUGUUACUGGACACCUGGGAAGAGCUUUUCCUAUGGAUUGGUAAAUCAUCCAAUGAAUAUGAGAAAAAUGAAUCGAUUAACAGUGCCAAAGAGUAUCUGAGAUCGCACCCUGCGGGACGGGACCAGUCCACACCGAUAGUCACAGUGAAACAAGGACAUGAACCCCCAACUUUUACCGGCUGGUUUAAUGCUUGGGACUCUCAUAAGUGGAAUUCUGACCUGUCGUAUGAGGAUAUGAAGAAGAAUUUGGGUGAUGUCUCUCAGAUUUCACAGAUCAGUGUGGACUUACAAAACACAAACAUAAAUGCGAACAGCUCAAGUAACGUCAGUGCUCCAACAAGUAACGUCAGUGCUCCAACAAAGAAGGUCAGCGCUCCAGCAAAUACGGAGAAUAGCAAUGUGACAGUUCCAGCGUAUCAGCCACACAGGAAUGCAAACCUGCCGAUCAGCAAUGGUAAUCACACUGCCACCAAUGGCACCCCUAGCAACAGCAACUCUGUUGUAGAUGGUCUCCCACAAAGCAAUGGAAACAAUGUGUUCAACAAGGACCUGCUUAUUAACAAAAAUACAGAGGACCUGCCUGAUGGAGUAGACCCUACGAAAAAAGAGAUGUACUUAUCUGAUAGUGACUUUGCUGAUAUUUUUGGGAUGCCUAAAGCCAAGUUCUAUCAGCUACCCAUAUGGAAGCAGCAGAACAUCAAGAAAAAACAGGGCCUGUUUUAAAUCUGUAUUCAUUGUCAUCUACGAGAAAACAUCGAGGACCAUCUUACUUCCAAAGUUAUCUGUGCAUCUGCAUACCACAGUUCACAUUCCUGUUUUCUAGUCUAGGUUUUGGAUUUAUUGAGGUUUCUUUCAAUUCAGGCUUUUUCAGGAGCUGUGACCUUCAGA